AUCCCAUUCUCUAUCGACUGCAUUCCAUUCUUUGAAAAGGGGCGGUUGUUCUAAAACAUGGAAGCAAUUCAUUCAAGCGUUCAGGCUGUGCUUUCAUCUUUCAAGCACGCCGGACUAUUCUUUGUAAUGGCAAGAAAAUAAUGAAACGUCUUGUUCGCUCCCGCCAUGUUAACCCGCGCAAAUUAAAUUUACACCCUAGUCCUUCCACCCUGUAAAAUCAUCCAAGGUGAUGACCAACAGUAGUUUUAUUUUUAAGAUCGUCUACGUUCCUCCACUGACUAGCUAGGCAUAAAACGACUUACCAACCAUCAUGGUGAUUAAAAUUGGAAUCAACGGGUUUGGACGUAUAGGGCGUCUGGCCCUAAGAGCUGUUCUUCGAAACGGGGCCUCCAAUGUCCAGGUAGUGGCAAUCAAUGAUCCUUAUAUUGAACUUGAACACAUGGCCUAUCUGUUCAGGUAUGAUUCUACGCAUGGAAGAUUUAAAGGUGAUAUACGCUACGACAAAUCAGCAAACGUCCUUACCGUUAAUGGAGAUAGUAUCAAAGUAUUCUCACAAGACAAGCCUUCUGAGAUCAAAUGGGGUGACGCUGGAGUAGAAUACGUGAUAGAGGCUUCAGGUAAAUUCACAUCAUCGCAGAAGGCGAAGGCACAUCUACGGGGAGGGGUAAAGAAAGUGGUUAUCACGGCAGCAUCUGAUGAUGCCCCGAUAUUCAUCAUGGGUGUCAACCAGCACAGAUAUGAUACGGAAACCAUGAACAUUGUAAGUAAUGGAUCCUGUACAACCAACUGCCUGGCUCCAUUGGCUAAGGUGAUCAAUGAUAACUUUGGCAUUGAAGAAGGUCUUAUGAUAACUGUACACGGUUACACUGCAACACAGAACAGCGUAGAUGGGACCAGCUCGUCGAAGUGGCCAAAAGGUCGCGGUGCUGCUCAAAACAUCAUCCCAACUUCAACUUGCGCUUCAAAGGGUGUAGGAAAAGUUAUACCAGAACUCGAUGGAAAACUGACCGGGAUGGCUUACCGCGUACCCGUACCAAAUGUUGGGGUUGUUGAUAUGACUGUUAGACUGAAGAACCCCGUUUCCUACGACACCAUCAAACAAACAAUGAAAGCUGCAUCAGAAUCUAAAGAAAUGGCAAGGUAUCUAGGAUACACUGAAGACCAGGUGGUUUCCCAAGAUUUUUGUGGAGACUCCCGGUCGUGCAUUUUUGAUGCUGGAGCUAGUAUCGCUCUUAAUGACAAGUUCGUCAAGCUGGUGUCCUGGUAA